CACCAUUAUUGUUGUUAAGGAAGCUUUCUGACUUUCGUGAAAGAAACUGAAUUGAAAUGGCAGGAGCAAAAAUAUUUGUAGACAAAAAACUUGCUCAGGGCAACAUUGUUGUGUUUUCAAAGUCAUUCUCUCCCGAGUGUAAGCUGAUAAAGAAAGUUCUCGCCGAGUACAAUCUGAAGAACCUGUUGUAUGUAGACAUCGAAAGUAGACAGGACUGUACGCAGUUAGAAAAUUAUCUACAGAUUCUGUGUCAGACGGACGCUAGAUCGGUGCCACAACUGUUUAUUGGUACAAAAUACAUAGGAGGCGAAAAGGAAUUGAUACUAAUGCACGAGUCUGGAAAGCUUAAAAAAGUGUUUGAAGAAAACAAGUGAUAUUUACGAGAAUCUAGUCUAAAUGUUGUUGACUUUGACCUAUUUUAUGUGAACUGGGCGGCGAUUUUUUCGCUGUUAAAAUAUACUUUAUUGAACGUUUUGAAUCUCUCAAUGUAUAUUUCUAAUUUAACCUAUAUUGUUUAUGUUUAAAAUGACCAUUCAUUUAAAGGUUCUUAUUUUUUAAAAUAAAAUUUAUUGAUAAUAAUGUGCAGCACAUGAGAGUACAAGACGUCUACUUUACAAUUGUGUGAGAAGGUAUCUUUGCUUCUAAGUAAUAUUUAAAUAUACAUAUUUAAAGAAGUUAUGAAGCUUUUGCUCUGUUUUGAUAAGAUUUGAUCCAUUGAAAGGGGAUGGGUUUUUUUGGGCUAACCUUACUGAGAGAAGAGUUG